AGAAGAUCAGAUCAUGGUGGGGUUUUCUAUUUUCUCCUUAUCAAGAAUCCUCUGAUCAGUCAAGUACCCAUCAAUCAAUCAAAUCCCCAAACACUCACAAAACAAGAAGAUCAGCUUCCAGCUUCGAUCGAAGGUUUUUUUCUUCUUACAAAAAAUGUCUAUGUCGUCUAUGUCUUCUCCUUCCUCAGCUGUUUUUUCGCCAGAGCACCUCUCUCCUUCCGACCAUCUCUGCUAUGUCCAAUGCAACUUUUGUGAGACAAUUCUUGCGGUUAGUGUUCCUUACACAAGCAUGUUCAAGACCGUAACCGUCCGAUGCGGUUGCUGUACUAAUCUUCUAUCUGUGAACAUGAGAUCGGCUGGCCUCCCAGCUUCUAACCAGCUGCAGCUCCAGCUUGGUCCUCACUCUUACUUCAAUACCCAGAAUAUUCUGGAGGAGCUGAGAGAUGCACCAUCAAACAUGAACAUGAUGGUGAUGAAUCAACAUCCGAAUAUGAAUGACAUACCGUCUUUCAUGAAUAUUCAUCAACAACAUGAGAUUCCUAAAGCACCACCCGUUAACCGCCGUAAGAUGCUAGUUUCCUUCUCAUUUCUCUUUGCUCCAGAGAAAAGACAGAGAGUCCCAUCCGCAUAUAACCGAUUUAUCAAGGAGGAGAUCCAACGUAUCAAAGCUGGUAAUCCUGAUAUAAGCCACAGAGAAGCCUUUAGUGCUGCUGCCAAGAAUUGGGCCCACUUCCCUCACAUACACUUCGGACUAGCACCAGACAAUCAACCCGUGAAGAAAACCAACAUGCCCCAACAGGAGGGGGAGGAUAACGUGGGGAUGAAAGAAGGGUUCUACGCUCCUGCGGCUAACAUUGGUGUGGCUCCUUACUAAAGACAAAUAUAAUCGAUAAGUAUUCGAGAAUUUGAAUCCAAUAUCUGUAAGAUUUAUGUUGUCCAAAAAGCUGGGUUUCUUUUAUGUAUUAUGUAUGCAUGCGUCUACUUCUGUUGAGUGAUCAAAAUCUUUCUAAUUAAUGAGGUUUAUUAUGUUA